AACACCGGAAGUUUUCGGACGCUGGUAGUGUACGUAAGGCGCAAAAAACAACAUGGUAGAUUUAAUUUAAGCGUUCAGUAAAGAAGCGGGCACGGUGACUUGAUCAUCAGAUGAUUUUCUUUCCGUUGUAGCAACUCUUUAAGACAACACAAGAAUGCUGCGCCGCAAGCCCACCCGCCUGGAGCUGAAACUGGACGACAUUGAAGAGUUUGACAGCGUCAAGAAGGAACUGGAGAGUCGGAAGAAGCAACGAGAAGAUGUGGACGUCGUUGGGGUGCCCAGCACUGCCGACGUUGGGGGUCCCAGUUCUGCCAGUGGGGAUGCCAAGCUGAGGAGUCAGAUCAUAAACGAACGCAUCGGCUACGACCCGGAGCCCAAAUCCAACAACCUUCACUCCCUCUUUGGCAAUCUGCAGUUUUAGGGGAUUCCCAGACUUUUUGGGGGGGGGCAAGUCUCCAUCUUGAAGGCCAUCCUUUGUUGUCUCCUGUUUUGAAAACGGCAUUUCUGGGUCGAGAGGGAGAGCUGGGGCACGGUGCCCGCUAGUGAGCACAGGAUGACCUGGGACUGCAGUGAUGCCCCCAAAGUGCCGCUUUCAGGGAUUGUGAGUGUGGAGCUGCUGCUGCGAUGUAAGAAGCUUUGCUUUGAUGUCCUUGUGGGUAGCAUGGUAGGUUACUGUUAACAAUCAAACCUCAUUUUUAUUAAAUUAGUAAUUUAA